CGUUGUAGUGCGAGCAGAAGUGGAUAAAAAGUGGAUGGGGUGGGUACCUGCCAAGACAUCACUUUAAAGGUUUUAGUACUGGAAUCGCCGUUAGUACAUUUUUGGAGUCAAAAGGAGUCGUGUUGAAGGUGUUCUGCUGCAUUUGGAACGGCUCUUUCGUUUCCUCUCUCACGCUAUGCUCGACAUGUUCAUCAGUUAUUAGAUCAUUCAGAGUGCAGAAUAACCUUGCCACUAACAGUGCUUCCCAAUUUAAUGUCCGCAGCAAAAACAAGCCCGUAUUUGCACCCUUUACCUUCCCCUCCUCUCGGUCCUUCUCGAUCACGCACCUCGUUUCCAUGGAAGCAAAUACGACUUGUCGCAACAAGUCCUCCAGCAACAAAUGUCCCAGACCUCCUCGACUAUGACAGUCCCUACCAGUGACUUCGCGGCCGAUUCCAACCGCAGCUCAAGUUACUCGGCAGCAAUGAAACAGAGUCCGAGUGACUCGCUAACGCCACAGACAGCCAUGCCACUCAGAGAGGCUACCCAGAUUGCUUUGCAGGUGCCUUUGGACGAGGACGAGACGAAGGAACUACUCUUGUGCUCGUUGUACAUCUUCAAAAAUUUAGAACAAGGCGUGAUUCUGGAUUGGUGGCGUCAGAUCCUGUCAUCUUCAAUUAAACGACCUCACUGGCAUCCUACAGUGUUGUAUUUGAUCCAGCAGGACAAGAAUUACUGCAAGUUUGCCGCUCUUAUUGACGUGUUUGACUUGUUAGAACUUGCUUUGAAGCACUUUCAGUACGCUGGUAAAGAAAAAAUUACUUCCCAAAGCACCCACAGUGAAACCACAAAACAGUACUUCGAGCAGAAGUACCAAGGAGGAGUGUCUAAUCAGGGAAAGUCGCGGCAUUCCAGAACAGCGAGCAGUGGAGGUAACUGA